AUGAAGCGAAGCAAUGAGUGGAGUGAAGCCUCAAAAGGUUCAAGUGAAGCUUCUGAGUUGAUGUGGCGGCUCGUGUGUCUGGAGUCGCGCCAGCAGCCAGACUUCACUGUUCACUACACCACACCACACCACACCACUUACUCCAGCGACUAUGCCACCACACCAUCACACCACACCUCACCAGAAACACUACUGCUUCUCUCCCAUUAUAACACCUCACCACCACAUCAUACACACUACAAACACUCUACUCUGUCACCAUCACACCACCACACCACACAGACACCACAGUACUACUACUCUGCCACCACAACACAAUGCACUACCACACCACACCACACCAUACCACACCACACACACAAGCUCCUUCAACCCUGCCACCACACCAUAACACACCACACUAAUGCAAUUCUGCCACCACACCACACUACACCACACUAA